AUGGCUUCAUUGUGUUUCCUCACCCCUGUUCUCAUGGUCCUCCUGGUGGGUGUUGUGACGCCACAGGAAGAGGAGCAACGUCCUCUAAGGUCAAAUUGUGUCAAUGAAGGAAGGUUCCACAUUCCAAAGGGCUGCGGAGGCUUCGUGGAUUGUCUACCUGACGGAGAAGGAUUGAGGGCUCGUGAAGGAUCCUGCAGGGGCCGCGCCUACCAUCCCACCCUCAGGAAGUGUGUCACCUUGAAUAAAGUUGAUGGAUGUAAGCCUCGUGCCGCCAGAGCUCUCGCCAACGAUCCCAAGUUGGACUAUGUUUGUGAAAACUCCACAAGUGACUUCAUGUGUGCCGACUGCAAGACACUAGUCCUCUGUGUCAACGGUACAGCAUAUCCAGAGACUUGCGGUUCUGGCGACUUGUGUAAUAUCGAUAAUGACCAUUUUGGAGGUGGUGUGUGCUACCCUAACCAACCUUCAGAUUGUUCUUGCGAUGCACCCAACCAGUUCAAGGAAGAUUCUUACAAUGAAGCUCGCUUCUUAUUCUGCGAGGCCACAGGUUCGGACCCACAAAUCUUCCAGUGCCCUGAUGACCAUGUUUUCGAUUCCACAAUGAACCAGUGUAUACAUUACAACGGUCUACCGGAGUGCACCAGCAUUGGUGUCUUUGCAAAUUCCAGAAACUGCUCCCAGUUCUACAACUGCAUUCCCACAAUUGACGGCUGGGUACAGAAACCCUUCUCGUGUAACAAUGAGACUCAUAAGCAUUUAAUGUAUAACGAGGCAGCUGGUAGCUGUGAGGACCCAUGCACCUGGGGCAACGGAAAUUUUAAAUGCGAGGAAGAAGGUCGCUUUGCCGACCCUCUCAACUGCCAACGAUACUACGAGUGUGUGAAAGACACAAGUGAGGCAUCAGAUUUCCGCCAGGCUCUACACGAGUGUCCAGAGGGCUACGAGUGGGACCAAUCAGCGAGAAAUUCUUACGGUCAUUGUGUGCUAGAGGGCAAUAGCUUAAACCCGUGUGUCCCUGCUGUUGCCAACAAGUGCAGUGUGGAUAGGAGUCAGUGUCCCAGCACCACUGAAGAGCCCGAUGAUACCACUGACCAACCAACCACUCACCAGCAUGAAUAAGACCUGGACAAAGACCAGUCUAAUGCCUUCAUGACCUGACCUUCACUCACUCCUAGCAGAACGUUCGUUUUUGUUAUGUAGAAUUGUAGUUCUUUGUUGUCUAUUUAUUCAUUGUUGGCUGAAAUAUAUCACAAUCACCUCGUGCAAAAAUUGUUUUACGCACCUUGAGGUCUACCUAGUGUCCCUGACCUAUUUUAUAUACACCUAUUUUAUAUAUACCUAUUUUAUAUACACCCCACAUUACUGACAAUCCUGGGAAUAAAGAUAAA